CGCAUCUGGGGCUGACUCGCUCUUUCGCAAACUUCUGGGAGGAGCCCCCAGGGCCACAAAACUGUCUCCUUCCGGGGGCCAGACUGAGAGGUGCAGGGAGAUCGCGAGCAGGAGCCACCGUCGGACAUGGACCAAAAAUCGCUGCUGCUACUGCUGUUGGUUCACACCUACAUUCCAGCCUCUUGGGGCCUGCGAUGCGUCCAGUGUAAGAACGCAACGAGCUGCAGUGUUGAAGAGUGUGCUCCUGGUCAGGACCUCUGCAGGACCACGGUCCUGAGUGUGUGGGAAGGCAGCAACAAGAUGAAUGUGAUGAGAAAAGGCUGUACCCAUCCGGACAAGACCAACAGGUCCAUGAGCUAUCGGGCUGGAAAUCAGAUCAUCACCCUUUCAGAGGCCGUGUGCGGGUCAGACUUGUGCAACAAGCCCAACCCUGGUCCAGAUGCUACUUUUUCCAGAAACCGCUACCUUGAAUGUGCUUCCUGUGCCUCGACAGACCUCACCUGUGAGAGGGGCUGGGACCAGAGCAUGCAAUGCCUCAAAUCUCGAGAUCAGUGCGUGGAUGUGAUAACCCACCGGAGCCUGAAAGAGAAUCCAGAGGAUGAGCGCCACAUGAAAGGCUGCGGCAUCCUUCCUGGCUGCCCAGGCCCCACCGGAUUCCACAACAACCAUACCUUCCACUUCCUGCGGUGCUGCAACACCACCAAAUGCAAUGCGGGCCCAGUCCUGGAGAUUCAAAACCUGCCACCAAACGGCUUGCAGUGUUACAGCUGUGAGGGGAACAGCGCCCACAGAUGUUCCUCUGAAGAAACUUUCCUCAUUGACUGCCGCGGCCCUAUGAAUCGAUGUCUGGAAGCGACAGGCACUAAAGGACUGAGGAACCCAAGCUACACCAUCAGAGGCUGCGCAGCCCCCUCGUGGUGCCAAAGCCUCCACGUGGCUGAAGCCUUCGACCUCACCCAUGUCAACGUCUCCUGCUGUACUGGAAAUGGCUGUAACCACCCAGCCAGGGACGCCCAGCCCCGCAAGGGGGGUGCCCCCCAGACCAGCCCUGCCCACCUCAGCUUCUUUGUCAGCCUGCUCUUGACUGCCAGACUUUGGGGAGCCACUCUCCUCUGCACUUGAACCCCACAUUCCCACCACACUGGCUGGAUCCAGGGGACCCCUUUGCCCUUCCCUCAGUUCCCAGCCCUACCAACUUACUGUGUGACCUCAGGCCAGUGGGCUGCCCUCUCUGGGCUUCAGUUUUCCCAGCUGCCCAGAGAGAGAGCUGUGAGAACCAGAGGAAAAAAGCUAGCAAAAGGCUGCCGGCCAGCAGGAGAGAGCUCAAGUGAUUAUUGAUAGUGUUGCGGCUAUUGUUAUUAUUAAUUAAUAUUUGUUUUAUUUAAUAUUUUAUACCGAAAUAUAAGUUCAGUAUUAAAGUAUGAAAAAUAAGAUUUUUGAACCAGUGAACAAGGCCACAUCUGCCCUUCUCCAGAGAGGAUGAAUGGGGGGGGGGCACCUUUUCACAGGCUCCUGGAAUUAGGGGGUCAUAUUGCAGGACCCAGGCAUUAGAGACCCCGGCCUUGGGAGCUGUCCCACACAGCCUUCCACCCAAAGCCACCUCCACAUCUAUUUCUGGCCUCCAAAUGCAACUUUCCAACUCACUGACCCAAGCAUUAACCUGCCAGUCUCUUCUCCCACAUCCAAAGGUCAAGACUAUUUUGUUACUCUAAAGGGACAUGUCUGCGUUUCCUAGGGGGCUCUGAGACAGGAGAUGAAUAGAUGACCCCUGGGAGCCCUGCCAUGAGGACUAAGGACAGGACUUCAUACCCUUGCUGCUCUGUGGGCCGGAGAUAAAGGCUGGGCUAUAUUUCCUAGGAUGCUCUCAGGCCAACUGAGAAAAAGCCAGAACUACCAUUUCUUUUGUUUCUCUUUUUAAUUUAUUUUUUGUGAGAACUACCAUUUCAAUGGUACUCUUCGACCACAACAUGGCAGAAUUCAUGUUUUCCAUGGUUUGCUGAGGCAAGCCUGCAGAGACAAAAUUGUUUCCCUGGAAUGCUAUGAAGAAAAAGAACAUUUUCCAUGGUAUCUGGGGGCAG